AAGCCCAGUCAGUCAUGCUGGCAGAUUUUGGGGAGGGGUGUACCACACUGUACGGAAAUUCAGUUGUACUUCCGGUUUGAAAGGUCAGACCAAAAUGGCGCCGUCCAAGAAGAAACACGCCAAGAGCCAGGCUCGUGUUAUUCCUGGAGGAUUUACGGUGUUGUCUUUACAGUUCAGCUCGGGCAGUGUCGCCCGGCACUCGCUGUAUGUGAAGGAGCACAGGGUGCGAGCGGAGCGGAGCUCACGCAGGCCGCUGGACCGGACUUUGUUCGUGCUCAGCGUCCCUCCAUACUGCACAGAGGGUGUUGUCAAAGAUUUAUUCUCGCAGUUUGGCAGCGUUGAGUCAGUGGAGCUGAGAGACCACCCGGGCUCCUUUCAGGAGUCUGGACCCAAACUGUCCAGGUUCUUCAAACCAGCUGAAAAACAGGGUUUCAAAGUUGGCUAUGUUGUAUUUCAAAACUCCUCCAGUAUACCGGUUGUUAAAUCACACCCACAUGAUGUGCCUUUGGUGGUCUGCACAGAGCAGCGUCCAGUCAAAACAGGAAUCCAGAAGUGGAUUCAGCAGUACACAGACACGUUUAUUCAACCGGACAAACUGCAAGAAGUAGUCGACUCUUUUAUGAAAGACUACGACGAGUGUAAAGAAGAGGAAGUGGAGCGACAGAGGAAGGAGGCUGAACAGCAGCAAGAAGAUGAAGACGGCUGGGUGAAAGUCACAAGAGGGCACAAGGGCGCCAAGGCCCGUCCUCACAGUGAAGCAGCCAAUCAGAGGACCCUACAGAAGGAGAUGAGAAAGAAGAAGAGGAAGGAGCUCAUGAACUUCUACACCUGGCAGCACAGAAACACACAGAAAGAACAUAUUGCUGAACUAAGGAAAAAGUUUGAGGAGGAUAAACAGAGGAUAGCUCUGCUGAGGGCGCAGAGGAAGUUCAGACCUUACUGAGUCGGCCCAUUUUUCUGUGCUAAUGUCACUGCUUUUGUGUAUAUCAAUUGCAUCAUAAACCUGAGUAAUCUGUGUUAAUAAACUACUAU